AUGCCAGCUGUGGUCCAGGAAAAUGAUGACUCUGAAUCCUCAGAAGAUGAACAUGGAGAUCAUCCUUGCAUCACAUGGAGCGGCCUCAGCAAGACGAUCCCCGUUCUCCUAUUUUUACCCGAGGCCAUUGUUUCAAAAGAUAGGAUUCUCUGCUCUGUUGGAGAGCAAUAUCAUAUGGCCUUCAAGAUCGUGCGCACAGAGAGUCGCCUGGUUCGAAGAAUACUCACCAAUCAUGGAUUCAACGAGGUUCACCCAAACAGUACUGACUUUAACCUGAUGUGGACAGGAUCUCACCUCAAGCCUUAUGUCCUGCGCUGCCUUCAAGACUACCAGAAGGUCAACCACUUUCCCAGGUCCUACGAAUUAACUCGCAAAGACCAUCUCUAUAAAAACAUCCAGCGGAUGCAGCAGACUCACGGCUUCAAAAACUUCCACAUAAUCCCUCAGACCUUCAUGCUUCCCUCUGAGUACCAGGAAUUUCGCAAUUGUUUUGCCAAGGACAAGGGCCCUUGGAUAAUUAAACCAGUAGCAUCUUCAAGAGGACGGGGGAUCUACCUGGUCAGCAAUCCAAAUCAGAUCGCAACGGAUGAAAACAUCUUGGUGUCUCGCUACAUCAACAACCCAUUACUUAUAGAUGAGUUCAAGUUUGAUGUGCGUUUGUAUGUGUUAGUGACAUCAUAUGACCCACUCCUCAUCUAUGUGUAUGAGGAAGGCCUUGCUAGAUUUGCAACAGUCAAGUAUGAUCGAACAUUUACAAACAUCAAGAACACGUUCAUGCAUCUCACCAACUACAGCUUGAACAAAAAGAGCAGUGAUUAUGUCAGCUGCGAUGACCCUGAAGUCGAGGAUUAUGGGAACAAAUGGAGUAUGAGCGCAGUGCUGAGGUAUUUGAAGCAGGAGGGAAAAGACACCACAUUGCUGAUGAGACAAAUUGAGGACCUCAUCGUCAAAGCUCUUCUCAGUGCUGAGCUGCACAUAGCCACUGCCUGCAAGAUGUUUGUUCCUCAUAAGACAAACUGCUUUGAACUGUAUGGGUUUGAUGUGCUCAUUGACUCCAACCUCAAACCCUGGUUGUUAGAGGUGAACCUUUCUCCCUCCCUGUCUUGUGAUGCACCCUUGGAUCUGAAGAUAAAGGCUAGCAUGAUAGCAGACAUGUUUUCACUUGUGGGCUUUGUGUGUCAAGACCCCCUAUCAAGACAGCCUCGCUCAGACAGGGUCACCUCAGACAGGUUUUCAGCAGCCCACAGAACACAGCGACAGAGGCCCAUACCUUCUGUUAGCUCGGAAACAGACAAGCAAGGAGCUAAACACAGCCAAGAAGACAGCACCCUCAACCUGACUGCUGAGGAGAUCAAAGUGCUGAGGAGGAUAAAGGAGGAGUAUGAGAGGCGAGGAGGUUUUAUAAGGAUCUUCCCCACUGAAGAUACAUGGGAGCUUUAUGGAGCAUAUCUGGAGUCCAAGACGUCACUGAACCUCAUGUUGGCUAACAGACUUUUCCAUGGAAGGAAUGUGAAUGGGAGUGUGCAGCUGCAGGUGGACACAGUCCAUGGCUGUCACGUUGUUCAGUAUGAGAGGAAGCUGCUGUCUCUAGAGGCAAGGAAAAGGAGACAGCGCCACCUGAGUUAUCACUCUGCUGCAAGGAAGAAAAAACGGGGGAAGGAAUCCAAGGCCUCCCUGACUGAGAACAGGAGUCAGGAGGCAGAGGAGUGUGCUCAGGAGGGAAGAGAGGCGCAGCCACUACUUGGGCCAGUCUCGCGCAAGGCUUUGGUACCAGAGCAAAGAAAACAAGUGGACACACCACUGGAGCGCUGCCACAACAAAUCUCUGUCCAGCUCGGAGGCAGCCACGCACAAUGCCAGACCCGCGGUCAACCUGCUCAACAUCCUUCAGCAGGGGUGGGACCUCAGUAAAGUGCAGGCUCGGACUGCUUUUUCUUCCUACCUGCACCGGGUUCAGCAAAGGCUCUUGGCAGAGAGCAGAGUAAACACCAUUUUAGCUGGGUCAGACAAGGACAAUGACCAAAUGGAGCUGGUGAUUCGAUUCCUACGACGAGCAGUGAGCAACCUUCAGCAAGACAUACAGGUUGUUUUGCCCAGUCGCCUGUUACCGCUCCAGGACCGCAGACGCAUCCUGUCCCACCAACUAGGAGAGUUUAUCCACUUUUACAACAAGGAAACUGAACAUUUAAUGACCAAGCAGGAGGCUAGUGAAAAGCAGUGUUGUGUAAAUCAAAGAGUAUUUCAGGAGUACAUCACUGCAGCAAGUGAAAAUGAUCUGGAAGAAGUGCUGACAUUCUAUACACAGAAAAGUAAAUCGGCCACCGUCUUCUUGGGAGCUAAAGUCAGACGUGUCAAAAAGGAUGUUCAGGAUUUAGGCAAAGGUUCUAAAUCUCUCCUUGUGGACUCCAGAGCUUCAGACUCCUCGCUCUCUACAGGGAGAGUCAGCAGUGACUCAGACAUCAAGGCCACAGAGAGUCAGAAGUCUGCGUCCAUGAUCCCUUCAGACCAACAGACAGAUGUUACAACUGGUAAAACUCAACCAGAUGUCCAGUCGUCUCAGCACUCCUCCAGUUUUCCCCUGACCUUAGAUUGCACUCACGCUCAUCUGCAGCACUGCUCUCCUGCUGCAGCUUUCAUUCCCCUUCACUGCCCUCCGCCACCCCCUCCUCAGCCUCCAUCUUAUGCGCAAUCCAUGGCAAAGUCUCACUUUUGCCAUUCAGAGACUCAUUCUGACCCUCCUGCAUACACCUCUGCCCCUAUCAUCACGCAACCUCCAAAAGUGGUUCAAACUGCCACAACUACUGCUCCUUACACUGUGACUACUGGGCAAUCAGGACAGGUGCUCAGAAGGAUUCAGUCUUUUGCUCCAUCCACUUUUAGCUCCGGAGCAACUGCCUCAAUCCCAGCUAUUACGCACAUCUACAGCCAGAAACUCUCUAGACCCACUUCUGCUGGUCAAGAGCUCAGGAGGAGCAGUUCCAGUAAGCUCAAGCCAAAUUCAGUGGGGAUGUUCAAGGAGUUACAGACCUUGUCUGCUCAGGCCCAUUCCAACCAGCAAGCAUUCAUUGCAGCCCUGCAGAAACUGGCUGACAAGCAGGUUGCUCCCCACUGUUCCAGCUCCAGUCACAUCAACCUGCUGACACAACAUCUGACCCACCUGAACCUGGCCAACAGGAUGCUGAGCAGAGAGAAUUUAACACUGAACUCCAAAGCUGCUGCAACCCAAAGACUCGUGAGAGCUGCUCAUUCUGGAAAAGAUCAACUAAGCAGCACAGGACCACUGAAGGGCGAGGCAGUUCUUGUGGAUGGGCGGACGCAGACUGCUUCCAGCCUGGUGAAAGGCCUGAACCCCAUACGACCUGAUGAGCCAGCUCAACACAGCUACCAGCUUCAGUUUGCUAUUCAGCAGCUGCAACAGCAGAAACUAAAGUUACUUCAGUUUCCAAACCAGGUGUCUUUUAUUUAUUUUCAGGCACAGGUUUCAAAUCAAACAAGUGCUCCACACAUCCAGGUUUCUACAACAAAGGCCUGCAGCCCUCCAUCCAGCUUUCAUGCUUGGCCCAGUCACAGCCGCAUCCAGACCUGCGUUGGUCCAGGUCUUGUUCCAAAGCCACCCAUCGGCACACGUGAAAGAUUCAUCAGGACAACAACAAAGCGUCUAAUCAAGCAGAUGUCCUCAGAGAGUUCAGCCAGUGGAUCCAUGUCAAGUGGCAAGCAGGUGGUGUGCGAGGCCAUCUGCGGUAAAACAGGUGGGUUUGAUGUUGCAGUUUUGCAGAUGCUUUGUACUGUGCUACAGUCCUCAGGCAGAAGGGAAGUUAUGCCUCUCUACACCAGUGCCAGUGAUUACAGCCAGGCGUAG